UAUACCAUGAACCAGACAAGGAUAAGAGAGGAAACAAGGAACCUCUCUCUCAUCCCGCACGCCUCAAGAGGCAGUGCGCGUUCCAGGUAUUAUAUAUUUCAGUGCUGCUCACGGAUUCGAUACACGUGCAUCAGUUCCGACCUAGCUGACGUGACGUAAAGAUAUGUUUAGAUCUGUUCAGACGUAAUUUGUGUGAUCUUUUGGAAAAUACUUUAGAAUUAUUUCCAAGAAAUAACUUUGCUCAUCUAUUAAACUGAAACUGGCAUUACCAAAUUAAUCUAGUAUACCUUUCUUAUAUUAUUGAGUGAGCGGCAUUUUAGGAAUAGGUCAAAAAAAGACCUCCCUAAAUCAACCAACAUAAGAGGAAGAGUACACGUGUAUUCGGAGUGCUAGUUAAAUUAAUUCGUGUUAAAUUUAUUACGUUUUCUCUAACAGUAUAAACGAUACAAUGAAUAAAAAGGGUAAAAAUAAGAAAAAGAUGAGCGGCAGCGAGAAGACAGCGUUAAAAACCGAGAAGAAAUUAAAAGCCCGGCAAAAAAAGGAACUGGCUGUUCUCGGAGAAGAUGAGAUAGAGAAGGUAUUGGCAGAGAUAGAACGAGAGGAAGCUCGUAGACAGUUUGUUAAAGAAAUUGUAAUUGAACCACCAUCCAGAAGAGUGAAUUUCACCCUUAAUGCACAUCCCUUCAAGAAUGAGCUUAUCAUGUUUGGUGGAGAAUUAUUCAACGGCCAACAGACUACAGUAUAUGGCGACCUGUUCUUCUACAAUAUAGAUAAGAAGAAGUGGUCAGUGGUGAAGGCACCUGGAGCCCCACCCCCACGCUGUGGCCACCAAGCUGUAACCACUACCGCGCGAGGUGGUGAGUUGUGGAUAUUCGGCGGCGAGUUCACCAGCCCUAGCGAGUCGCAAUACUAUCACUAUCGCGACCUUUGGGUGUUUCUACUAUCGGAGAGAAAAUGGGAGAAAAUUACGACUCCGCACGGUCCGUCGGCCAGAAGUGGACACCGCAUGGUGCAUUUGAAGAAGGAUCUGAUCGUCUUCGGCGGCUUUUACGAUAAUCUUCGGGAUUACAAGUACUUCAACGAUGUGUACGCGUUCAAUCUCGAGACGUAUGUGUGGCGCGAGAUCAAGCCCGCCGGAAUACUGCCCGCACCACGCUCCGGCUGUGUAGUGCUGCCGACCCCCGAUAAUAAGAUCAUGGUGUACGGCGGCUACAGCAAGGAGAAGGUGAAGAAAGACCUGGAAAAGGGCUGUGCCCACGACGACAUGUUUCUCCUGACUCCUGACAAGAACGACGCAACUAAGUACAAGUGGAUCAGCGUGCGACAGACCGGAACGCGCCCAACUACACGUUGCGGCAUGUCCGCAGCGCUUAUUCAGAUUAAUCAAGCGCUGCUGUUCGGCGGGGUGCAGGACCAAGAAGACGAAGAUUGCGAGGAGGACUUUCAAGGCACGUUCUACAAUGAUCUGUUCGCUCUGGAUCUUGAGAAGUUUCAGUGGCACAAGGUUAUAUUAUCCGGGAAGAAAGAGGAUACGACGACGGAACGACGAAGAAGAAGAAGACCGAAGGAGGAAGGAGUUGAGGGAAGUGAAGAUCAGCAGAACGACGAUUCCGAGGAAACGUCGCAGGAAUCUCCAACUAAUGCCGCGCAAUCAAACACGAUCACUGUUGAAGACGGAAUAUUCACGAUGACGCUGGGCUCAGCGCCAGUCAAAACGGUCUCCGAUGCGGGCGAUUUAUUCGCGGAUGAGAAUCCGCAAAAAGCCGCAUUUUCGCCAUGGCCGCGAAUAAAUGCCGGAAUGGUGAUGAAGAACAAUCUUCUAUACUUAUACGGCGGACUUAUAGAGGACAAUGCACGGCAGUACACCCUCAACGACUUCUACAGUCUAGAUUACCGAAAAUUACAAGAAUGGACGACGCUGAUAUCGGAUAAGAAGGAGCUGCAGCAGUUGAUCUCGAGUUCGAGCUCAGAAGAGGAUAGCAGCGAGGAUGAUGAAGAUAGCACGGAUAUUAAUAACUGAAAGACUGAUAAAGAUUUAUAUGUAAUACUUAAAUAUAAAAAUAUGUUAUUAACUUUUUUAAAUUACAGUUAUUAAUAAGAUUGUUUUAGGUAAAAUUAUAUGAUAAGAUUCCGGAAGCUAUAUCUAGACAUUAUAUGAUAAGUUAUUCAUAACCUAUUAUCUUUUUGCUAUCUAAUAUAAAAUAAUAAUUAAAGCAUAAUAAACAUCGCGUAUUGUUCCGUGUUAAAAGUAGAUGUGUUCUAUGUAAUGUUAUUUUCUGUAACGUCUUUCUAUCAAAUAGAAAUUUUAUUGCUACGGGGACGCGAGAACUGGUUUUAAUUUAACUUUAUAGAUUUUAUAUUUAGGAAAUUAAGUACAAAUAUAUCUUUUUCUUUUACUAAUA